UAAUUUCUUAAUGAUGGCUCAUUUGCUCUAUGAUAAAGAACAUAUAAAGUAGGUUACUAUUAUUGAAAAUUAUCUAUUGAAACGAUUCGUUUUAUGUUUAUGGAGCAUAAGAGCAGUUUUGGGUUAGCAGUGAAUGAAGAAAUGAAUGAAUGGCUGUCAUCUUCUCUCAUUGUUUACGCUCUCCGCUCUCUUCUUUUUCUUCUUCACUUCUUACUGCUUCUGUACAGUCAUCGAGACUCUCAAGACCUCGAUCAAUUUCAGUUUCAGUCUCCGCCUCGACGACACCGUUUCGCAUGGAGCUUGACAACAACGAAGGACGUGGAAAUUUCAUUGAGUUUCCGUAUGUGUCAUCCCCACAUAAGAAGCUCAUGGUGGAUCUUGUAUCCAUGGUAGAAAUCCGACUUGGUUCCCAGCUCCUUCCCUCUACUCUCCCACCUGAUGCGCAGUACUACCAGAAUCACAGUGACACCUCCCAUGCCUCCCUUCACAUCAGAUCUGGUCACCCAUCUUCUCCUAUUGAUUUCAUAUUAGGAAGCUGGAUCCACUCCCAGCUACCAAACGGAGGAGCAUUGAACAUAACAAGUCUCUCAACCUAUCUAAAAUCAUCCACAGACUCGCCAAACCUCUUAAUGGAGUUCAUUAGUAGCAGUCCCACAUCCCUAGUCCUCAUCCUCGAUAUCCUACCUCGAAAGGACCUGGCUCUCCAUCCAGAUUACCUCAAAAAAUUCUAUGAAGACACCAAAUUGGAAGCUCAAAGACAAGUGCUUGAGAAAGUCCCUGAAGUUAAGCCUUACUUCUCUCCAUCUCUUUACAUUAGAGCAUCCGUGUCUCCUACUGUGAUCGCAGCCAGAAUCGAAUGUGAGGCAGUGGAAAGAAUGGAGGAGAUUAUAAAAGACCAUGUUGGUGUUGUUGCCAAGCAAGUGCUUCAAACUUGGCUGGAUACAUGUGCUGUUGUUGACAAUGGAGAAGAAGUUGAUGAGAGUGAGAAAGAGUACCUUCAAAAGAGGGAUAUGAUGGUGAGGAGCAAGUCAAUUGAGAUUGACUUGACCUCGAGUUUGCCUCGUUUGUUUGAACCUGAAACCGCAGACCGAAUGAUCGCCACUAUACAGAAGUAUUUCUCUGCAUCGUCCUGAUAUACCUAUCUAUAUCUCUUCUAUAUAAUAAGUGUAUAUAUAAUAGAUUCAAUAGUUUAAUAACUUGUGCAAUUUCACAAAAAGGCAUGAAACCUCUCUCUCUCUCUCUCGAAUCUUUGACAAUUUCUUUAGAAUUCACAUGUCAUUGUGAAUCACAUCAUGAGGAUGAUGAUUUGAUAGGCCAUUAUCUUCUUCAUUCCUCAUCAAUCUAGUAUUAAUUCCUACUAUCAUGAUGAGGAUGGUGUAAUAAAUUCUUACAAUCAUGUAACUUUUCAUUUAAGUUUUUUAUUUUUAGCAUGUUUCUAUAUA